AUGCAAGUACGAAAUAUGAAUCUGUGUACUCAAUGGUUGUUUCUUCUUGUGUUGAUUACAUGCGUUGUUCAAAGUGUAGCGAAGGAUUAUUAUCAAAUCUUAGGCGUGAAACGAAAUGCAAGUGAACGAGAAAUUAAACGACAUUUCCAUAAACUUGCGUUGAAAUAUCAUCCGGAUAAGAAUAAAGAUCCGAAAGCUGCAACGAUGUUUCAAACAAUUACCGAAGCAUAUGAUGUAUUGAGUGAUCCGGAUAAGCGUCAAUUAUAUGAUUCUCAAGGCCAUGAAUCGUUUCAAUCAUAUAGGAAAUAUGGUGAUAACGGUUUUUCGAAAUUUGCUUUUGAUACAAACAAGAUUCUCGAAGAAUUCGACGAGUCUUUAGUCGGAAUCAAGCGUCAAUUUCAGAAUCUUUUUGACCAAACUUCUCAGCACGUUCGUCAGCACAAAUCGAAUUUCGAUUCUAUCCUUAAAGAUCAUCGCCAAACAAACAAAGAUUACGAUUUCAAUAAUCUCUUCACUGAAGGACUCAACAUGCUAAAAGCAAAUCUACGCGACCUAAACAAUCAACAGCAUUGUCGGAGAACAUGGAAUAAUGAGUGUAUCUAA